UUCCCGUCGUGCCUCCUCGCAGUGUGCGCGCGCGUGCGUGUGCAGCGUGUCGUUCCCUUGUCUGCGCUGCACUUGUUGUAACCGGGCCGACGGAUGCUUAAGAAAAGAAACUGUCCUGUAAAAAAGAGGAGAGGAGAGGAUAGGAUAGGAUAAGGAAUAAUCGGUUUGGAGCUGAAAUGAUGUGAUGUUUCUUUAAAAAAAGACAGAGAUUAUUCCUCCUUCCUUUGGCUGUAGGCCUAUCUGCUCCAUGACAUACCAGGCAUGACCCUCUUACCGCACAGAUAAAUCUGCAUCCUCCAGCCUUUCACCUCCUCUGGUUAUCACUCCAGCCACAGAACAUAAGAUGGAAGAAAUAGAUUCUGUGAGAUUCAAGCCCUUGGCAGAAGAUUCAAAUUUCCAGUUGACAUACUCUGCUGACACCAUCAGUAUUGAUGAUGGACUUUAUAAUGCGCUACGUGAAGAUUUGGAAGCAGAUGCUCGGGACUUUGAGGCUCCCACCUGGAGUUUAGCUGUUGACCAGCAAUAUUUAAAAGACUUGUCCAAAGAGGACAUUAAAAGACAGGAUGUAAUACAUGAGCUGAUUCAGACAGAAAUAAACCAUGUGCGGAUGCUAAAGCUGGUUUUGGGCGUAUACGUGCGGGAACUGCGUGAGACCCUGCAAAUGGAUGAGACACAGCUGGAAAGACUAUUUCCACAGGUGUAUAGCCUGCUGCAGGUACACCAGCUUUUCCUCAACCACCUUAAACAGCGAAGAAUCGAUUCCUUGGAGCCAGGCAGUACCCAGAAUUACUGCAUCCACAGAAUUGGAGACAUUCUUAUGGCACAGUUUUCAGGUGAAAUAAGAGACAGACUGCAAUACUGCUAUGGAGUGUUCUGCAGUCACCACACCGAUGCAGUCAGCUUCUACAAAGACUUGAUGCAAAACAACAAGAAGUUCCAGAGUUUUAUACGAAAAGUAUGUCAGAUGUCUAUCUUGCGGAGAUUAGGAAUACCAGAGAUUAUUCUCCUUAUAACACAGCGUAUCACAAAGUAUCCAGUUUUGUUUGAACGUGUCAUUAAAUACACUACAGUUGACUCAGAGGAGCAUAGGAACCUUGUACAAGGUCUGGAACUGCUGAAAAACACCAUCUCACAAGUAAAUACCCACGUUGACGAGUUUGAGAAAGCAGCACGGCUGAGGGACUUGAGCAGUAAGCUGGAGCCCAAGUCCCAGGUCAAGAUGACCCACGGAAGAGUGUUCCGCAGAGAGGACAUGCUGCAGGGUGAGAGGAGGCUGCUUCAUGAGGGCGUUCUCAACUGGAGGCUAACUUCUAACAAAAGCAAAGAUGUCCUUGUCUUGCUGUUGUCAGAUGUUUUGCUGCUGUUACUGGAGAAAGAUCAGCGACUUACCUUUGCCUCUCUGGACGCCUCCUCAGACACUCCAGAGAUGUAUGAGUUUCACACCUCCUCCGGAGAGGAGCGCAAAACCUGGAGAGACCAAAUCUGGAAGGCCGUGGAACGGUGUGUUUUAUAA